GAGGCCGAUCCGAGUUUAGUUAGUUACAGUGACAUCCAUGGUGAAUGGGAGUCACGUGAAAUUUCAAUUUUUGGUGUAGUAAAAAGUUUUAUUUCAAAUUUAUCAAUUGGUCAAGAAUUAACAAAGGUCAGUAUGCCAUCAAUCUUUUUGAUGCCAUAUUCAAUUUUAGAAUUAGCUGCUUCAAGACAUUUGAAAUAUAUUCAUCUUUUAAUUUCAGCUCAACAUGAAGAAGACCCAUUAAAAAGAAUGGCUAUUGUCAUUCAAUACUUUUUCUCAUGUGUCAGAGAUGGCAAUUUCCAAAAAAAACCAUAUAAUGCUUUAUUAGGUGAAGUACAUAAAUGUUUUGUUAAAUAUCCAUCAUAUGAUGGCCAAUCAACUUCAUCAGCUUCAUUCAUAGCUGAACAAGUUACCCAUCAUCCACCACUUACAGCCUUUAAUAUCACAACUAGUGAGGGUAUCACUUUAGAUUGUAAUGUACAAUUUUCAGCUAAAUUCCAUAUGAAUUCAGUAUCAGUUGUCACUACUGGUGCUGUUAAAAUUGUUGUUCCAGUUAUUGUUGGUGAUAAAGUUAUCAAAGAAACUUAUAUUGUUGAUAAAGGUUUACCAGAUGCUUUGGUUAAAAAUGUUAUUUUUGGUACUAGAUCAAUUAAUUGGACAGAUUCAGUCGACAUAAUGUGCAAAGAUACAAAUACAUCAGCUACAAUUCACUUUGAUAAAAAUGAACAUGUUAAAGGUGAUAUUUACGUUUAUAAUACAGAUUUAGAAGCUGAAGAACAUAAAGCUUCAAUGAAAGGUUAUCUUUCAGAUAUUGUUAAUAUCGAUUAUUUAGAAUCAAAAUCAGAAGAAGCUUCAUCUGCUUCAAGCAAAAAAGAUAAAAAGAAAGAAAAGAAAGAAAAGAAAUCAAAACACCACAAACAUACCAGUGAUCCAACUGACACAAUUUUAAUUGAUACCAAAAUCUUAGAAGCAAAUAAAACUUUAUAUCCAAAAUUAACUGAUCAUCUUACAUCAUUAGGCACUUGGAAAGAAGUUACCAAACAUAUUGUUGAAGGUGACAUGCCAGGAGCUGAUCAUGCCAAAAAAGAAAUUGAAGAUGAACAAAGAAAGAGAUUACAUGCAACUAAAGAAGAAGAAAAGAAAGAAAGAAAAUACUUUAAAUUUAAUGAUGAAACAGAGAUUUGGGAAUUUAUGGGCUGGGAUGUUGUUAACAAGGCUGCUUCCGCCAAAGAAUAA